AUGGGAUUAUCAGAUAACGAUGUACAGAAGCAACUACGCCAUAUGAUUGCUUUCAUUGAACAGGAAGCGAUUGAGAAAGCAGAAGAAAUUGAUGCAAAAGCUGAAGAAGAAUUUAACAUCGAAAAGGGUCGUCUUGUUCAACAGCAACGAACUAAAAUUCUGGAUUAUUAUGAAAAGAAGGAAAAGCAAGUUGAACUGCAGCGAAAAAUUCAAAGUUCAAAUAUGCUUAAUCAAGGACGUUUGAAAUGCCUUAAAGCACGCGAAGAUCAUUUAAAUAAAGUCUUGGAAGAAGCUCGUUCGAACUUGGUUCGAAUUUCGGGAGAUUCUGCUAGAUACCCAUCAAUUUUAAAAGGCUUAAUUUUGCAGGCUUUAUUUCAAAUGCUUGAACCGGAAGUUUCAUUGAGGUGUCGUAAAAAAGAUGAAGCACUUGUGCAAGAAAUUUUACCGGAGUGUCUCGAUGAAUUAGAGCAACAGUGGGGAGAACGAUCAAAGGUUAAAAUUGAUAAAGGCAAUCAUUUAUCUGAAGAUUGUGCGGGUGGAAUAGAACUUUCAGCCAAAGAUGGCAAGAUAAAGGUAUCAUCAACGUUAGAAUCUCGUUUGGAUUUAAUUGCUGCUCAGAUCAUACCGCAAAUUCGCACAGCUUUGUUUGGUGAAAAUCCGAAUAGAAAAUUCUUCGACUGA